CGCCCCUGGUCAUAUGCAAUUUGGGAAUCUAUCCAGGCAUGGUUCGAUAGCGGUAUCAAGAAACUUGGCGUGAAAAACUGCUAUUUUCCCAUGUUUGUCAGUAAUGCGGCGUUGGAACGAGAAAAGACUCACAUUGCCGACUUUGCUCCAGAGGUUGCUUGGGUAACGCGAGCUGGCUCGUCUGAUUUGGCUGAACCUAUUGCUAUCCGACCUACAUCGGAAACUGUAAUGUAUCCAUCGUACAAGAAAUGGGUGCAAUCGCAUAGGGAUUUACCCAUUAAACUCAACCAAUGGUGUAAUGUCGUUAGGUGGGAGUUCAAACAUCCAACCCCAUUUUUGAGGACUCGCGAAUUUCUUUGGCAAGAAGGUCACACUGCUUUUGCUAAUGCAGAAGAGGCAGAACAGGAAGUAUUCCAAAUACUCGAUCUCUAUGCUGCUAUUUAUACUGAUCUCCUGGCUAUUCCUGUUGUGAAAGGGAGAAAGAGUGAGAAAGAAAAAUUCGCUGGUGGAGAUUUCACGACAACCGUCGAGGCAUACGUUCCUUGUAAUGGGCGAGGUAUCCAAGGAGCAACGUCUCAUCAUCUCGGGCAGAAUUUCUCGAAAAUGUUCGACAUAUCGUUUGAGGAUCCAGUAACUGGUGGAAAGGCGUAUGCAUGGCAGAACUCAUGGGGUUUGUCUACUCGGACGAUUGGAGCUGUGGUAAUGAUCCAUGGAGAUGAUAGUGGUCUUGUUCUUCCUCCAAGGGUGGCGGCUAUUCAGGCAAUUAUUCUGCCAGUGGGCAUCACUCGAAAAGAACUUAUAGACACAGCAGACCGAUUGGCCAAGUCCCUAGUGAACGCUGAUAUAAGAGCGGAAGCCGAUCUGAGAGAAAAUUAUUCACCUGGUUGGAAGUUUAACCACUGGGAACUGAAGGGUGUACCCAUUCGACUCGAGGUUGGUCCCAAGGACUUGGCUGCAAAUCAAGUUACGGCUGUGUUGCGAUACAAUGGUAAGAAACUAGCCAUAAAGCAGGAAGAGCUCGUACCCGAAAUCAAACGGCUGUUGGAAGUGAUCCAUGCUGAAAUGUAUAACAAAGUGCUGGCUGCUCGUGAUGCUCACAUGCAAACUUGCUACGACUUUGAAAAGUUCAAGCAAUUGCUGGAUGAGAAAUUCAUCUUAUUGUCACCAUUCUGCGGUGAUAUGGCGUGUGAAGACGAGAUCAAGAAAGCUAGCACACGAGAAGAUGCCGAUGCGGGUGCAGCUCAAAUGGGAGCAAAAACCUUAUGCAUACCGCUGGAGCAGCCAAAGGAAAAACUUCCUGACCAAUGUCUUUUCCCAUCGUGUAAGAACAAACCUAAAUUCUUUGCUCUUUUCGGUCGCAGUUAUUAG